AUGGGAAUUAAGCACUCGUCCCGCUGCAUGCUCCUCAGGAGGAAAAUGGCGGAGUCUGAGAGCAUUGAGGUAAGUGUGAGAGAGACACCUUAUGCUUUUCGGAAUGAAAAGAGAGAGAGAGAGAGAGAGGGCUCUGUCAGACCGCGGCCAAUCCGCAUCGUUCAAUCCCAGUCAACACAGCCCACCUCGUUGCCCAAGCCGGUGCCUUCCAUCCAGCACGCCUCGCGGCCUUCUCUGCCGCCGCACACGCCUCACGCUGCCGGCCUUCCCAGCUGUCCCGGGCGGGGGAAGAUGUCCAAGAGCCCAGAGGACAUGACCUCACGAGACUACUACUUUGACUCGUAUGCCCACUUUGGCAUACAUGAGGAGAUGCUGAAAGACGAAGUGAGGACGCUCACCUACAGGAACUCCAUGUACAACAACAAGCACGUCUUCAAGGACAAGAUCGUGCUGGACGUCGGAAGCGGGACGGGGAUUCUGUCCAUGUUCGCGGCCAAAGCGGGCGCCAAGCACGUGUAUGGGAUUGAAUGUUCCAGUAUAUCAGAGUACUCAGAGAGGAUCAUCAAGUCCAACCACCUCGACAGUGUGAUCACCAUCUUCAAGGGCAAGGUGGAGGAGGUGGAGCUUCCUGUUGAGAAGGUCGACAUCAUAAUAUCUGAGUGGAUGGGCUACUGCCUCUUCUAUGAAUCCAUGCUCAACACCGUCAUCUUUGCCAGAGACAAGUGGCUGAAACCCGGUGGAUUCAUGUUUCCUGAUCGCGCCUCUCUGUACGUGGUGGCCAUAGAGGACAGGCAGUACAAAGACUUCAAAAUACAUUGGUGGGAGAACGUGUAUGGCUUUGACAUGACCUGUGUCCGUAACGUGGCCAUGAUGGAGCCACUGGUGGACGUGGUGGACCGCAAACAGGUGGUGACAAACUCCUGCCUCAUCAAGGAGGUGGACAUCUACACAGUGAAGACCGAGGACCUCUCAUUUACAUCAGCGUUCUGCCUGCAGAUCCAGAGGAACGACUACAUUCAUGCACUGGUCACCUACUUCAACAUCGAGUUCACCAAGUGCCACAAGAAGACUGGUUUCUCCACCGCACCAGAUGCUCAAUACACCCACUGGAAGCAGACAGUGUUUUACCUGGAGGACUAUUUGACGGUGCGGAGAGGGGAGGAGAUAGUCGGCAGCAUAGACAUAAAGCCCAAUGAGAAGAACAUUCGCGACUUGGACUUCACCUUCGAGCUGGAUUUCAAAGGGCAGCUGUGUGAAGCGGCCAUAUCCCAUGACUACAAGAUGCGCUAA